AUGCCGUCAAAUGGGAACCGUCCCUUGAAGUUGCAGUUUGGUUUAAUCAAUUAUGAGGGUCGCUACCUCACUGCUGAGACCUUUGGUUUCAAGGUAAAUGCAUCUGCACCCAGCCUGAAGAAGAAGCAGAUAUGGACUCUUGAGCAGGACUCUCAGGAAACCCAGGUGGUGUACUUGCGCAGCCACCUCGGACGCUACCUGACCUCUGACAAGGACGGCAAGGUCACCUGUGAGGCCGAUGGACACAAUUCAGACUGCCGUUUCCUCAUCGUGGCUCAGUCAGACGGCCGCUGGGCCUUGCAGUCUGAGCAACACCUCCGCUUCUUCGGCGGCUCUCGGGACUAUCUGUCCUGCUUUGCCCAGGUAAUCACUGAUGCUGAACUGUGGGCAGUGCACCUGGCUCUACAUCCACAGGCCAACCUUCUGUCUGUGGCCCGCAAGCGUUAUGCCCAUCUCUCCAUGGAGGAUGGAGAGAUCGCUAUGGAUCUGAACAUUCCCUGGGGAGUAGUUGCACUCCUGACCCUCGUCUACCUGGAUGGAAAGUACUGCCUAAAGACCUGUGACAGCCGCUUCCUCAGUAAUGAUGGGAAGCUCUUGACGGAGAGUGGCAGAGCCACAGCAUACACACUGGAGCUGAAGUGUGGGAAGCUGGCCUUCAAAGACUGUGAAGGGAAGUACUUGUCUCCCAUGGGGCCUACAGGUACCUUGAGGUCCGGGCGCUGCUCCAAGCCGGGCAAAGAUGAACUGUUUGACCUGGAGGAGAGCCACCCACAGGUGGUUCUGAUGGCAGCCAAUGGGCGUUAUGUUUCUAUAAGACAAGGAGUAAGCCUUGCAGCCAACCAGGAAGAUGAGACAGACAUGGAGACGUUUCAGAUGGAGAUUGACAAGGAAACCAGGAAGUGUACUUUCCGUACGAGCCAAGGGAACUACUGGGCCCUGGUGGCCCAUGGAGGCAUCCAGAGUACUGACACUGAAGUGUCAGCAAGCACCAUGUUUUCAGUGGAGUGGCUUGGCCACAAGGUGGCACUGAAAGCUAGCAAUGGGAAAUAUAUCUGCACCAAAAAGAAUGGCCAGCUACUUGCUGUCAGUGAUUCCAUAGGUGAGGACGAACAGCUCACUCUGAAACUGAUCAACCGGCCCAUGCUGAUCCUCAGAGGAGAGUAUGGUUUUAUCUGCCACCACAAGAACUCCAACACACUGGAUGCCAGCAGAUCCGUCUAUGACAUUUUCAACCUGCAAUUCAGUAAUGGGGCGUAUCACAUUAAAGGUGUGGAUGACCGGUUCUGGUAUGUUAACAGUGCCGGGCUGGUGUGCUCAGACGGCGAGACCCCUGAGGAUUUUACUCUGGAGCUCCUGGAGCACGGCCGCCUCGCCAUCCGUGGCAAGAACGGCAAAUACCUGCGUGGAGACCCAGGAGGCACACUGAAAGGAGACGGACUCAGCCUGAGCAGCUCAACUCUGUGGGAGUAUUAA